CGGGGGAAUGCCAAGGGCACGUGAAGACGUGAGCGAUUAGCGACUUCGAGACCCACGCCUUUCCUCUUCCACACCAUACUCGCAAGAAGGUAACAGCCGCCCACAGCGGGCACCUUCCACUACAGCUCACUCAAAAUGGCCACGAUGGCACCCCAACUCCCUACAGUCACCGUUGAUGAUUUACGCGACUUUCACGCGAAACACUUCCCCAACGCGCCUACGCCUGAGCAUUUCCUCUAUGGUAUAGAUCAUGAGCCUGCUGAAGAGUAUUACGAGGAGAAGGAAGUUGACCUAGGCUGCUAUGAAGACGGUACGCCGCGCACUCUCACCGACGAACAAAUCGCUAUGUUCAGGCACUCCGAGAUCCAGGGUAUCAUCCGUAAGCGAAGGCAGCAACGCGAUAACGGUGUUGGUUUGGAGGAAGGAGAAGCAGAGGGCUCAGCCGCUGAGAGUUCAGCUAUGGCCGAAUCCCCUCCCUCUCAACCCGCUGCCACUGCGGUUUCGGAAACAGACAAGGUUGCAUCUGGCCGUGUGGAGAAACUGAAACAUCAGCAGCAAUGGACGACGAGUAGUCCAAGAACAAAGGCUAGGAACAAGAGGAAUCGUGAUAAGUACAAGGCUAAGAAGAGAGAUGGAAGGCCUAACCGCGAACAAGCUCGAAAGAAUCACCGCGAUCAAGAUGACGAAAGCGACGAGUGGGAUCCCUGGCACCAAGCCAAGGGACCAGACGUACAGAAAGACGAUACCGUGGACCUGGAUUACUGAACCUGGAGCAAAUGCAUGCUUCCGGCAGCACAGCGCUCUUCGCUACGUACGUACCCCUUCCCUGAUACAUCAGCAUCGUGCAAUGAUGAAAUCCGAUAUCGUCAUCCUUAGACAGAGAAGAAGCCGGGCUUGAGUCGAGGAUGU